GGGCAACCAUUCUACAUUCCUCUUACAUUGUAGCCAUGCAGUUGGAUAUGAAAAGUAAGCACAAGUAGAUGAUGACAUCUCAUAGCCCAGAGUGGGAAGCAGCCUGUCCUCCCCUACUCAUUAUCCAUCUCUCUUGCUCAUAGAACCCUGCUUUCCUUUAGGGGAAUUAUGAGAGAGGACUUAGGGUUUUCCAGGAGGCAGAUCGUCCAUUUCCCCAUUGCUUUGUCCAAGAGUGCAGGAAGAAGAUCUAAGACUGGUCAAUUGGAUGCUCUUUCCCAGGACUUCGGUUUGAGAGAGAGAGACUCUAGCAAGAAGGGAACAGAUUGUUGUGCUAUGCCUUGUAUGACUAAGACCUCUUACCAAGAAUACCUGUCAGACCAUAAAACCACUGCCAAGGAGUGCAGGGGUGGCAAUGAAACAGCCGAACAGGAAAAGGAAGCUUCAUAUGGAUUCCAAAGAGCGUUUGGAUCAGGACGGACGCUUGGAGCAAGCUGAAGAAGAAAAGAAGCCCAAGGAUGGCACAAUCCCUUUGAGUCACGCCCCUUCAGCGGCUGCACGGGGAGCAUGGUCUUGGGAGUGGUACUUGAAAGAACAGAAGGCUGUCGCAGCACCUGUUGAGCUGUUUUCCAAGGAUCAGUCCUUUCCAGAGCAUGAAAAUGGUUUUCAGAUUGGAAUGAGAUUGGAAGGCAUUGAUCCCCGACAUCCAUCGGUAUUCUGUGUGCUUUCUGUAGCGGAGGUUUGUGGUUACCGUCUAAGACUUCAUUUUGAUGGUUAUUUAAGUUGCUAUGAUUUUUGGACCAAUGCUGGUUCCCCUGACAUUCAUCCAGUAGGAUGGUGUGAAAAGACCAAACAUGAAUUGCACAUCCCUAAGGGUUAUAGAAAAGAUAAGUUUGUUUGGAUGGAUUACUUGAAGGCCUGCAAAUUGCAAAAUGCUCCAAAGAAAUUAUUCAGAAACAGAAGUCCUAAUGGGCCAGUGCCUACAGAAUUUCAGGUUGGGAUGAAGCUGGAGGCCGUCGACAGGAAGAACCCUUCCUUGGUGUGUGUGGCGACCAUCGCAGAUAUUGUCGAAGAUCGCUUACUAGUGCAUUUUGACAACUGGGAUGAUAGUUACGAUUACUGGUGUGAUGUUAAUAGCCCUUACGUCCAGCCAGUUGGUUGGUGUCAGGAGAAUGGAAGAACUCUGAUAGCACCCCAAGGUUAUCCCAAUCCAGAAAAGUUUUCCUGGACAGAAUACCUGGAAGCUACUCAAACCAAUGCAGUUCCUGCCAAAGUUUUUAAAAUGAGGUUGCCUCAUGGUUUUCUGCCAAAUAUGAAACUUGAAGUUGUGGAUAAACGGAACCCCAGGUUAAUUCGUGUUGCUACGAUAGUAGAUGUUGAUGACCAAAGAGUAAAGGUUCAUUUUGAUGGUUGGGACCAUAAGUAUGACUACUGGGUGGAGGCAGACAGCCCUGACAUCCACCCGAUCGGAUGGUGCGAUGUCACAGGGCAUCCCCUGGAAGUGCCGCAGCGAACGAAUGACCUGAAGAUCCUUCCAGGUCAAGCUGUCUGUCCUACUCCCGGGUGCCGAGGAAUAGGCCAUAUCCGUGGUCCACGUUAUUCAGGACAUCACAGUGCUUUUGGCUGCCCGUAUUCAGACAUGAACUUGAAAAAGGAGGCAACACUUCAUGAUCGUUUGAGAGAACAAACACAGGCAAAUUUGGAAUCAGACUCUUCACAUUCGAAAUCAAAAAACCUCUGUAGUUUGAACUUCAGUGGAAAACAUGAAAAGGUGAACAGUCAACCCAGACUUGUACAGCAGGCAAAGUGUUUGAAAAUCAAAGGAAAAGAAGAUAUUGACUUGGAUAAUCUCUUCAGAGUGCUUGUGCUGCAUCCCAGCGGUUUGGAAUACUCAGCGGAGCAGGCGCAGCAGGCACUUCACCAGUCAGUGUUCAUGUCCACGGUGUCAGCCCACCCUUUUCGGGACCUUCCCCUCGGCAGGGAGCAACACUGCAAGCUACUUCCAGGCGUGGCUGACAUCCGGGCCAGCCAAGUGGCACGAUGGACGGUGGAUGAGGUGGCUGAGUUUGUACAGUCUCUUCUGGGCUGUGAAGAACAUGCCAAGUGCUUUAAGAAAGAGCAGAUCGAUGGCAAAGCCUUCCUGCUUCUGACACAGACAGACAUUGUCAAAGUGAUGAAGAUCAAACUGGGCCCAGCACUAAAGAUUUACAACUCUAUCCUGAUGUUCAGGAAUUCCCAGGACCUCCCUGAAGAAGAUGCUGUCUCAGGCCAAGAAGUCAAGGGAUGAUUGCGCUACCUGAACUUCCUCUGGCACCAGGACCUGCGCUCUUUCAGCAAUAAAAGUGGAGCACAUAAACUUGAUGUGAAUGUCCAAUGGCCAUAUCCACAUUGAAUCUGGACUUUUUAAAGUGUCUGUGAUUUGUUUAUAUGUUUAGAGGAUUUUGAUGACUGGCCCAGUGCCAAUGAUUCAGAGGCUUAGGCCCAUCUGUGGGUUUGGUUUAUGAACAUUGUUAUCUUUGGUGGGAUCCGUUCAGCUCUAAUGUGUUUGCAAGACAGACCAAAGAAGCCCACACAUCCACCUUUAUUCUUCUCAGUCACCAGAAAAGAAACGAUUUUCCAUUUACAAGCAUAAUACUCUCAAGUGGUAAAAUAUUAGAAAAGCAUGUUCAUGAAUACAUUGUUAAUGAUUUUACCAGAACAACAUCAAGCUUGGCUCAGAUCUGCCAUGGAGCACAGCUAGUCUAAGACCUAGAGGCCUGGUGCUUUCAAAAGACUUCACGUGAGAUUUUUGUGUACUUUACUCAGGAAAGUGUGAAUCUCUAAAAAAUAAUAAUAAUAAGCACAUGUUUUCAUGAUUCAUUAAUUUUCCUUUUUGUUCCAUUAUCCAUUUCUUGGUUGUGCUCCCAAGGUUUCCUGGAGCCUCCACAAAGGAGUGUGACCAGGAUUAACAAGAGGACCGCGAGGUGGGCACUUCCAAAAGCUGGAGAGACCCUUCUGAGGACCCUCCACCAUCAGCGGGGCCUCAGGGGACCCUGUCUUAACACUGGUGUGGCUGGUGGGCCAGACCCUCACCUGCACAGAACUCCUCCCUGCUCCCACUCUGAAGGGCAUUUCAGGAUUGACUGAUUUCCACUGCGGUCUGCCAGAACCCCUGUCAUAAGGAGCUGUGUUAUAUUACAUCUGGGGCUGUGUGCAUCUUUACAAACGGUGACACACUGUUAAAAGGGAAGAUCUCUAAAGUAGGGAGCGUGGUACCUAUUCUUUGUUUGAAACAUUCCGAUUUGUUGUCAGGCUUUGUUUUUUGUAAGUGAUUGUGUCUGAGGCUUAAAUUGUGUGGAAUCAGUCCCACAGUUUUGAAAGACAAGUACCUCUUUUCUGACACUUGUUAGUACUUUUACAGGUAGGAACAGCUAUAAAUGCUCUCCCAGAAGUGGAGAGCCACCAUUUGUGGGUGGAGAAAAAGAGGGAAUAGACUCUAAAAAGAGGUUCUAUGUCCACUUGCUUCAUUAAGAAUGUUAAGGUUUAAGAAAGUUGAUUCUGCUUGGAGAAUUUCUCAAGCUUUACAUUUUUUUUUUUCACUGAAGAAAAUAAACUCUAAGAUGUGUGCAUAUAUAACAUUUCUUUAGAUCCUUACCUAAAUGAAAUUUUAAUAUAUUAUUGGUUGAUGUAAAUUUUGUUUCUGUGGAGUUUUGUUUGUUGUUUUGCUUUCUGUAGACUGCCAUGUGCAAUUAAAAUUCCUGCUUCUGCCAUGUUAAAAUUUUAAUAUAUUUUAAAUGAUAAUAAACAGAGAAAACAAAAUUUAUACCUCA